ACUACAACGAUUAGAGUACUGUAAUCCAGUACUAGGCAACUCCACCUACCUUCGGGUGGGCAGAGCGCAGUGAGGUCACAGCGAACUUUCUGAGUGAGCACGCUGCGCUGCUGAAGUUAUAAUCGCACGUGGAGAAAUGUCUAAACCUCUGUUAGGAAAGUCUGAGAGUGACCAGAGUUACUCAGAGCUGAGUGGUAUGACUGUUGGGAUAUUGGGAAGUGGAGACUUUGCCCGUUCUUUAGCGACAUGCCUUGUGUGCUCUGGGUUUAAGGUGGUGGUUGGGAGCCGGAAUCCAAAAAUAAGCGUGGCCCUGUUUCCUGCUACAGCUGAAGUCACUACGCAAGAAAACGCUGUAAACAAGACGGAUGUCAUCUUCGUGGCAGUGUUUCGGGAGCACUACUCUACGCUGUGUGAUCUAAAGGAGGCUCUUGUGGGUAAAAUACUGGUCGAUGUCAGUAACAAUACAGAGCUGAACCACCAUCAUGAAUCAAAUGCAGAGUACCUGGCCUCACUGUUCCCGAAAUGUAUGGUCGUGAAGGGAUUUAACGUUAUAUCAGCCUGGGCUUUGCAGUCAGGUCCAAAAGAUGGUAACAAGCAGGUCCUGGUCUGCAGUGAUAACAAAGAGGCCAGAGGUACAGUGUGUCAGAUUGCACGCAGCAUGGGGUUCAUCCCUGUGGAUAUGGGCUCACUGUCGUCUGCCAGAGAGAUUGAAAACAUCCCUCUGCGCCUCUUCCCAUCCUGGAAGACCCCACUGAUGCUCUCCCUGGGUCUCUUUGUGUUCUUCUAUGCCUAUAACUUCACCAGAAGGGUGAUCCAUCCUUACGUAACCAAGGGGGAGAACUGUUUUUACAAAAUGCCAAUUGAACUUGUUAACGUCACGCUGCCCUGUGUGGCCUACGUAAUGCUUUCCCUGGUUUACUUGCCUGGAGUCCUGGCAGCCUUUCUGCAGCUACGAUACGGCACCAAGUACAGGCGCUUCCCAGGCUGGCUGGACCAGUGGCUGAAGCACAGGAAGCAAAUCGGCCUGCUGAGCUUUCUGUCGGCUGCACUGCAUGCUGUGUACAGUCUGUGCCUCCCAAUGCGGAGAUCCGCUCGCUAUCUGCUGUUGAAUGCAGCCUUUAGACAGGUUAAGGAUGGUGUAGAGAAUGCCUGGAUGGAGGAGGGGGUCUGGAGGAUGGAACUUUACAUCUCCUUGGGAAUUCUGGCCCUGGCUGCUCUUUCCCUGCUAGCAGUCGCCUCACUGCCCUCUGUUGGGAAUUCCCUUAACUGGAGAGAGUUUAGCUUCAUUCAAUCCAAACUGGGAUACACUGCCUUGGUAAUAGCCACACUCCACACACUAACCUUUGGGUGGAAAAAAGCCUUUGACCAAAGCCAGUACAAGUUCUACCUGCCUCCAACAUUCACACUUGCUUUGGUUGUUCCUUUUGCUGUCCUGCUUUGUAAAGUGGGCCUGCAGUUACCCUGUGUGAAUACAAGGCUGACACAGAUCCGAAGAGGUUGGGAAAAGGGACGAUUCGUCAGGUUCCAGUUAUCUGAGGAGUCAGGUCUUUGCACUGAGAACUUCAGCAAUGAGGACACAAGCAAUGUGUGACAGAAACAGUGCGUGCUAAACACACAGACACAGACACACACACACUGUUACUGCAUACUUCUACUCUCCCCUAAAACUCUCAAUUUAAGUAGUAGUUGGGCUGUCUGCUGUAUUAACUUUGAUAUCUAGGUCAAAAACACUGAAAUGACUUUGCUGUACACCAUGCUGCAAGGCAAAAAAAUAUUACACUUUCAUUGUACAAUCUAAUGUAACGCAACAUAUCUCAAGUUUCCAUGACAGAAUAUUGCUAAUCCCUUACAAAGGUAGUAAACUAAGCAGGCCUUCCUCCUCAUUGAACCAGUUGAGGUGGAAAUGCAGUUCCCAAAGAAUUACAACUGAUUUCCCAAAGAAUUACAAUUGAUUUUCCAAAGAAUUACAAUUGAUUUUCCGAAGGUCAAUGUACGGAUAUUAAAUUACCUCAAUUUGUGUUAUAACUCAUUAUUGUUUCGUUAUACAAAUCAGCCUGAGCUUUAACAUCAAGCUGCAGUGUACAUUAUUGACCAUGACAUUUCAGCUACAAACAGGUCGCUUUUUUAUUUUUAUAUACAUGCAUUGUUCACUUGAAGAUGUGGCAUUCUUUGAUUUUUAUCUUGCACACAUAAUGCAUUUACCAGCAAUAAUCUAAAGAAAAUCCACACUGAUCAAAUCAAGAAUACUUAACUUUAUAUAAAAUACAUGGAGAACUUAAUUAUAAGUCUGGCAGUAUUAAA